CAAAAAAAUCGCUUGUCAUCAAGAGAAACAUUGAAAAUUGUUGAUUUUAAUUGAAAUUCGUAUCGAUUAUGAUAAUUCCCGACAAUAUCAAGUGUGUGAUUUGUUCUCGUAUUUUCUGUUGUCCAAAUUGUCGAAAAUUGCACGAGGAGCGAGAACACGCGGUCGAGGACAAGGAAAACAUCCACAAAAGUUGCUUCAUUUGUCAUGGGAAGCCGCAUCCACUGAAGAAAGUCAAUUCGGAGUUGCUGAUGGAACACAUUUUGGACGCCCAUUUACCACUUCAUUGCCGCAAAUGUAACAAGAUUUAUAAUUCCAAAGAUGAUUUCCACGAGAUUGAAAAAUGCGUUGGAGCCGGAAAUAUCCCCAAAACGCCCACAAUUCCCGAAGACGAAGCGGAAGACGACAAAGAAAACGUUCAACCGACCAAAGACCAAACCUUGCCGACUCACAAAAUCAUCGUUGAAGAAGUUGACGAAGCACUUUUGACGCCUUUGACUAAAAUUAACCUCAAAUGGCGUCGCAAAAGUGCCGGAUUUGCCAAUACCACGAGUGAUCACAGUGUCUCGGCUUCAGUUUCGGCGAUCGCGCAUCCCAAUCAGUCCCAAUUGAAAAUUAAUCCGGAUUCGGGAUCAAAACUCGUCCGUACUACAUCGACGCCCAUGAAUCAAGUUUUUCUCACGAAGCCCGGCAGUUUGGAUUCUUUGUGUGGAUCGUCGUACCAGGCUUCGAGCAUCGAUCACACGAGCGGCAUGGAAACGGAUCAAAGUGCUUCGAAUUCGUCGUGUUCCCCAUCGCCUGCGGUUGUCAUCAAACGUACUCAAUUUCAGCUGCAACGCACAAAACAGCUACGAAAUCGACUUCCGAAGGCUCAAACUCCGUUGCGACAAGUCAUGUCAAAGUCCAUUCAACGUGCCCUGAUCGAGCAACGGGCGGAACGGACAAAACUCCUGCAAAAAGUCGGAAUGCCACGCAAGAUGAUCUUCGAUUCGAUGAGUUCGAGUGACGGAAGUAUCGAUGAACCGGCGUUUUCAUCCACAAAAAGUCCUGGGAACUCGGGAGUUUUGGACUUGAGAACGACUCCGGUGCUAAAACGCACGAACAGUGCCCCGCUGUCGCGCUCAAAACGCCAAUCGAUCGUCGUACGGAAGAAAGUUAGCGAGGAAUCGUUGAUGGUUGAAGCUCUCCUUGACGAAAAUUACCUUCAAUCGGAUUUCCGGGCCAAAAUUGAGGCCAUCAGCGAUAAUGUCAUCAACGAAACCAAGUACGAGGAAGGCAUCGCACCCAUCCCAUUGACGCCCGACAUCGAUUCGACGCCUUUUAACAACAACAACAGCGACGAAAUUUGCUUCAAGUCAUGCAUGGACGACAAAACUCCCGUCAAAAAAUCCGCAAUUGUCACGCCGAUGCCACAAAAUCUCCCCGUCGUCGACGAUUCCUUUGCCAAUGAAAUUUUUUAUAGUCCGAAAAACGUUUCGCGCAGCUUUAACACUCAAUUUGCGGAGGUUUCGGAGUCCGAAAGUGGCGAUGAUGACGUUUUCACAGCAAAUAAAGAUGAAGAAAUUGCCAAAGAACCUCCGAAUCGUCUCUGGAAACUUUUUUCUUCGGUCAUGCGAAUGGCUACGGGAUCUUUGAACGAAGAACCGAGACGUUCGCCGCCGAAGCAAUCGAUCGUGAAACGUUCCUUGAGCCAUUUGGGACUCAUCGCAAAACGUCCCAUGGCAUCUCCGAGACCACAUUUGAAGCGCAAACGCAAAACUUCGUCCCAAACGUCGACAAAUAGUGAACAAGGAGCUGUUAUUCCGGAACUGAGAAGUCCAUUGGCGAAAAAAUAUAAAAGUAUUACGGGACGAAAGCCGAUUUCACGCAUGCAGAGCAAAUAAUUGAAGAUUAAUUUAAGAUUUUUUUUGUUGAUUUUUGAGCCCGAAUUAAUGGAGGCCAAACGAUCUCUUGAAUCAGAGUAGAAUCUUGAACUUGUACUAAAACUUGAAUAAAAUUUUAAUUAUUUUUUUUAUUUCAA